AUGGCAUCAAAAGGUCCCCGGUCAAAGCUAGACCAUGAGACAAGAGCUAGGCGUCAAAAGGCUCUUGAAGCUCCAAGGGAGCCUCAACGGCCAAAAGUUCACUGGGACCAUGUCCUUGCUGAGAUGGUGUGGCUGGCAAAGGAGUUUGAUUCUGAGAGAAAAUGGAAGUUGUCCAUGGCCAAAAAGAUUGCUCAAAGAGCAAAUAAGAGCAUAGUUGACCAAGCAACAAAGGGCGAGAGAAAACAGAAGGAGGAAGAACAUAGAAUGCGAAAAGUUGCCCUUAAUAUGUCAAAGGAUGUGAAGAAGUUCUGGAUUAAAAUAGAAAAGCUGGUAUUUUAUAAGCAUCAACUGGAGGUUGAGGAGAGAAAGAAGAAGGCUCUUGAUAAGCAACUUGAUUUCCUUUUAGGUCAGACUGAAAGGUAUUCGACAAUGUUGGCGGAAAACCUUGUGGACAUGCCCUAUUCCCAAAACCUAGAAAACGGGACUUUGCAGAUAAACCAACCAUCCCAUCAAGAAGAAGUAGCAGAAGAGAACAUAAAUGCAGCCAUUCCUGAUGAUCUUGAUAAUAUGGAAGUCGAUGGUGAUUAUGAGAGCUCCUUGGAUGAAGAGCCAGAAGAUGAUGAGCAGACAAUCGAUGUGGAUGAAGCUCAGAUCACCGAAGCUGAGCGGAAUGAAGAACUAGCUGCUUUAGAGGCAGAAGCUGACCUACCACUGGAUGUUAUUCUCAAGAUAUUCUUGAACCAGGCUAAUGGCUGUGAUCAUGAACCUGCUCACUCUUCAACUGACGAUGGCAAUUCUUCUGAGGAAGUGGAUGAUGGUCAAUCUUAUGCUGAGUUUGUGAAGAAAAGUCAUGGUAAAAGUAACGGAAAUAUUUCUUCUAUCAAUGAUCAGGAGGACGAAGAUUACAUUGCUGCUGAAGAAGUAAAGGAUGACGAAACAACUUUGUCUGAAGAGGAAGAAUUGGCAAAGAAAGAAGAUCCUGAUCAUCUGGAAGAGAUUAAGUUACUGCAGAAGGAGAGUGAGAUACCACUAGAAGUACUUCUCGCGAGGUACCGAAAGGAUGGCUGUGCAGAUCAUGAAACAGCGGAGUUGGAGAAUUCACCCCAUUUUAUUGAAGAGGUCAAUACUGACAUGUCUUUGGAUGAUCAAUCUGUGAACAUUUUGGAAGCGAAAAGUGAUAUAUUUGUGGAUCACCAAUCCAGGGAUGUGCUGGAAACUGAGCACAAGGCUCUACAAUCAGAAAUCGAUGUGGUGGAAACUGAGCAGGAGGCUCUACAAUCAGAAAUCGCAUCAGAGCCUUGUGCUCAACAAAAUUUUGUGGAAGAGAAUAAUCUCACUGAUGUUAAGGCAGUCCAUGGAGAUAAGAGUGAUGAUGUAAUUGCUGAUGCUGCAGCUGCUGCAAGAUCAGCACAACCAACUGGCAACACCUUCUUGACUACAAAAGUGCGCACGAAAUUCCCAUUCCUUCUUAAGCAUUCUCUUCGUGAAUACCAGCAUAUAGGGCUGGAUUGGUUGGUUGCUAUGUAUGAGAAGAGGCUUAAUGGAAUUCUAGCAGACGAAAUGGGUUUAGGCAAGACAAUCAUGACUAUCUCCUUGCUUGCACACCUUGCGUGUGAGAAGGGGAUAUGGGGUCCUCAUCUUAUUGUCGUGCCGACUAGUGUUAUGCUAAAUUGGGAGACUGAAUUUCUUAAGUGGUGUCCUGCUUUUAAAAUACUGACUUAUUUUGGAAGUGCAAAGGAGAGAAAGCAGAAACGUCAGGGCUGGAUGAAACCAAAUUACUUCCAUGUUUGCAUCACAACAUAUAGGCUUGUCAUUCAGGACUCUAAAGUGUUUAAGCGAAAAAAGUGGAAGUAUCUUAUUCUUGAUGAGGCUCAUCUGAUAAAGAACUGGAAAUCACAGCGUUGGCAGACUUUGCUCAACUUUAAUUCAAAGAGACGUAUUCUUCUGACUGGAACUCCACUGCAAAAUGACCUUAUGGAACUUUGGUCCCUCAUGCAUUUUCUGAUGCCUCAUGUAUUUCAGUCUCAUCAGGAGUUCAAGGAUUGGUUCUGCAAUCCAAUUUCUGGGAUGGUGGAAGGCCAAGAUAAAGUAAACAAAGAAGUUAUAGAUCGAUUGCACAAUGUCCUUCGUCCAUUUAUACUGCGUCGACUGAAAAGGGAUGUUGAGAAACAGUUACCAAGGAAGCAUGAGCAUGUCAUAUAUUGCCGACUUUCUAGAAGGCAAAGGAACUUGUAUGAAGAUUUUAUCGCUAGCUCAGAGACACAAGCAACACUGGCAAGUGGGAAUUAUUUUGGCAUGAUAAGCAUCAUUAUGCAACUUAGAAAGGUCUGUAACCAUCCAGAUCUUUUUGAAGGUCGCCCAAUAAUAAGCUCAUUUGAUAUGGCUGGGAUUAACAUGCAGCUCAGCUAUUCAGUCUGCAUGCUCCUUGAUAAGAGUCCAUUUUCUCAGGUGGACCUGUCUGAUAUGAAUUUUGUGUUUACUCAAAAUGAAUUUAGCAUGAGUUCCUGGGAAGCUGACGAGGUCAUCUCUGCCUUUCCUUCAAGUAUCACCUCCAGGAAUUGUGACUUGGAUAUUUUUUGCUCUAAUAAGGAUCAUCAGGGAAGUAAUUUGACAAACAUUUUCGAAGAUAUUCAGAAAGCCCUACAGGAGGAGAGAAUAAAGGAAUCCAGAGAAAGGGCAGCUUCCAUUGCAUGGUGGAAUAGAGUUAGAUGCCAAAAGAGGCCUGUCUAUGGCACAAACACGAGACAUGUUUUGACUGUAAAUCAUCCUGUAUCAAAUAUUCUUGAUAAGAGGAACAACCCUUUGUGCCACAUGGACUAUUCAUCAAGCCUUGCAGAUCUUGUUCUUCCAUCUGUGGAACGCUUUCAGAAAAUGCUUGAUGUUGUUGAAUCAUUUACAUUCGCAAUUCCUGCUGCUCGAGCUCCUCCACCUGUUUGCUGGUGCAGCAAAGGAAAGUCUCCUGUUUUUAUUGAUCCGGAAUAUAGAGAAAAAUGCAUGAACAAGUUUUCUCCCACUCUGUCUCCUAUAAGGUCUGCUAUUGUUCGUCGUCAAGUCUACUUUCCUGAUAGGCGUUUGAUCCAGUUUGAUUGUGGGAAGUUGCAGGAACUUGCAAUUCUGUUAAGGCGUUUGAAGUCAGAAGGGCACAGGGCCUUGAUAUUUACUCAGAUGACUAAGAUGCUUGACGUCUUGGAAGAGUUCAUAAAUUUAUAUGGGUAUACAUAUUUACGUUUAGAUGGUUCUACUCCCCCAGAAGAGAGGCAGACUCUGAUGCAGAGGUUCAACACAAACCCAAAGUUUUUCCUUUUCAUUUUGUCCACUCGUAGUGGUGGUGUGGGAAUCAACCUUGUAGGUGCAGACACUGUCAUCUUCUAUGACAGUGACUGGAACCCUGCAAUGGACCUACAAGCACAGGACAGAUGCCACAGGAUUGGUCAGACUCGUGAAGUUCACAUAUAUAGAUUCAUUAGUGAAAGCACUAUAGAGGAGAACAUUCUCAAGAAAGCAAAUCAGAAACGAGCUCUUGAUGAUUUAGUGAUACAACGUGGUAGCUACAAUACGGAAUUCUUCAAGAAACUUGAUCCUAUGGAGUUCUUUUCCGGGCACACGUCUCUCCAUGUGGAAGAUCAGGAGAAGAAUUGCUCUACAACCGCGGGAGCUUCAAAUGAUGUGGAUCUGGCUCUGUCAAAUGCAGAUGUUGAAGCAGCUAUUAGACAGGCAGAAGAUGAAGUUGACUAUAUGGCUCUCAAGAAGCUGGAGGAGGAAGAAGCCGUGGACAAUCAAGAAUUCAGUGAGGAGGUUGCUGGCAGACCAGAGGAGGAUGAAUUGGUUAAUGAGGAGGAUGGAAAACCUGAUGAGCACAUUAAUGAAGAACACAAAUACAACUCUUCUGAUGUAGAGAAGGAGAAGCACAUAACUUUGUCUACCAAGCGAUUGAACGAUGAAAAGGCUCUUACAUUGGCUGUUGGUGAUGAAGAUACUGACAUGCUUGCUGAUGUGAAACAGAUGGCAGCUGCAGCAGCUGCAGCAGGGCAAGCAAGUUCAUCUUUUGAGAACCAGCUCCGGCCAAUUGAUAGAUAUGCAAUGCGCUUUAUGGAACUCUGGGAUCCAGUAAUUGACAAAUCUGCUGUGAAUCAUCAAGUAAAUGUUGAGGAGGAAGAAUGGGAGCUUGAUCGUAUUGAAAAACUCAAAGAGGAUUUGGAAGCAGAAAUUGAUGAAGACCAAGAACCACUGUCUUAUGAAUCAUGGGAUGUUGAUUUUGCUACAACAGCCUAUCGGCAACAUGUUGAGGCUUUAACUCAAAAGCAGUUGUUGGAAGAACAGGAAAGACAGGCUCAGGAAGCAGCAAAAGAGUUGGAGGAGAAGAAUGAUAAUAUGAGCAGUCACCGCAGAAAGUCAAAAAAGAACAAAAAGAAGACAAGCAAAUUCAAGUCCCUGAAAAGAGUGCGUUUGUCGUCUGAAUCAGAAGUCGUACUGGAGGAAACCUCUGUAGAUACAAUGAGCAUUGAUGACAAUGCACCCUCACCUGAGCUUAUAAGUGAUGAAUCGCCACACCAUUAUUCUAACAAGCGUAAGAAGAUUAUGUCUGCUACUGAGGAAGAUAGUAACAGCAGAAGUUUAAAGAAGUUUAAGAAAACUACUAAGUCAAGUUUUAUUUCUGAAGCCUUGUCACCUAGGCUGAAGGAGGACCUUAAUGAUUCAGAUCCAAAAUCAAUGGCUAGAACUAAAAGUGAUGGCAGAAUUUCCAUCCCUUGCAUGCCAGUAAAACGUGUUAUUGUAAUAAAGCCUGAGAGAUUGAAAAGGAAGGGAAUAUGGUCUCGAGAUUGUGCUUCAGACUCAUGGACAUCCGAGGAAGAUGCAGUUCUUUGUGGAACUGUGCAUGAGUAUGGUCCUCUUUGGGAAUUGGCAAGUGAUUUUCUUCAUUCCUUGCCAGGUGGGUCCUAUAGGGGAAGAUAUCAUCAUCCUGUGCAUUGCUGUGAGAGAUACAGAGAACUGUUCUGCAAACAUGCAAUAUCAGCAACAGAUAAUUCUAACAGUGAAAAGGUUCCUUCUGGGACUGGAAAGGCUAUACUUAGAGUAUCCGAGGAUCAAGCUCAGAUGUUGGUGAAUGUGACCAGUGAACUUCCUAACAAUGAAUUGCUUCUCCAGAAACACUUCAUGGCUGUAAUUUCGUCUGUCUGGAGAUCAAAAUGUCGCCGUGAUCCCUGCUGUUUUACGAAUACUUACUCUACUGCAUUACAUAUGUUUUCUCCUGUGAAGAAGCCUGGUGGAUCAAGUGAGAACUGGCCCAUGGUAAACUUUAGACCAAGCUUCAAUCUAGUUAGGAAAGCCCUUGCAGAUGCUCAGGCUAAGUCUACACUAAUGGUGAUUCCACCACCGUCGAGAAAUCAGGAAUACUGGCGGAAUUAUUUAGAAUUAGAGUUAGAUUUCUUGAAACAUCAACAUGCUUAUGAGGAAGACUUCCCAUCUGUAAUAAAUGUGUCCAUACUGGAACCAGAACCAUCCAAACAGGCUCCAGAGCCAGUGGAACAAUCGUUAUUGUCUGGAUUUUCUUGUAGACAAGCUGAGAACCGACUCAGGAUAGCAUCAGAAGCUUGUUAUGAUGGUGAUAGUUCUCAUUGGGCAUCAUCAGCUUUCCACAUGAAUGAUGCCACCCGCCAUAAAUCUGGUUCAAAGUCCAUAGGAAAGCACAAAGCAGCAUCGGAAUCUGGUAGACCUACCAAAUCCAAAGUCCAGAAGAUUACUGAAUCGCAUCAGGAAGGGCCAACUGUCAUGAGUAAUUUUCUCCAUAUGCCUGUUCAACUAUUGCCAAGUACAGCUGACUUCCACAUUAGUGACUCCCUAUCUGAAUUUGGUAUCAGUGAUUCUGAAUUCCACUACUCCGAGGAUCUCUUGCAAGAGGUCGACGAUCUCGAGUUCUUCCCAGAUCAGGGUGACUCUGGUCUCCUUCCUGGUAUUGAAGAGUUAGAACCUCUUUCAGAUUUCACAGAUAUCGGAUGA